CCCAUCCCGUGUGCUUCUAGAAGCAUCUUCUGCGGGCCGGGAGCUCCUCUAUGAAGGCGUCGGCGGAGAAGGAAUUCUCCGGCGACGACGUCGAUUUCGACCCCAGCGUGUCCGCGGCCUCUGCAAUGCGCGAGCUUGGGGAAGAAUUGUACGAGGAUUUGUUUGCGAAGGCAUCGCUUCAGCUGCUUGGGAAGGGUCUUCCGCCUCAACUCCGGCACCACGGCUUCAAAAUGAUGCGGCAUCUAUUCAGUUCAAGGAGUGCUACAGCUGCUUUAGUGGCAAAGGCAAUUUGGAGUGGUGGAAUUUCUCUAUUGAAUGAUUUGCUUUCUCCCGUUACUUAUCUAUCUAAACCAGGUCCUGACGAUGCUGAGUUGGCCGCCUUCACGUUAAAGUGGAUUUCAGAUUUCAGAGGUGGCCUAUGUGAAGCAGAUUUACCUGAUCUAGAUGAGUUUCUCACAAAUGUCAUGCUUUUCCUUUCGUCAUUGCUCGAGAAACAUUUUGAAUCAAUUAUUGCUGAACGCCCUGACGAGCUCAUGGUAUCAACUGAAAAGGAUGUCUUGACGGUAACAUCUUGCUUGCUUGCUGCAAAUGCGUAUGCGGAGUGGGUUCCAGUGGUUCACCUUGUCAAACAUGGUUUAGUUAAAAGAUGCGAGUCCUUACUUCAUCUCAGUAAAUUCCAGACAUAUGCUUUGAAGUUCUUCAAAAUUCUGUGCCAAAGAAGAAGGCCUAUUACUGCCGCACAGGAUUAUGACGAUGCAAUGGGCCAUGUCUUUGAGAUCUUGAUGAGCAUUUCACAAGAUUCUUUGACCAAAGAUAGAGCAUGCUCUGAUUUUAGUAGUGAAAGGGAGCUCGACGUUGCCGAGGGUAUCUGCGACUGUUUGGUUACUCUGGUUUCAUCCAACAUGCAAUGUAUUGUUUCAGAUACCAUUAAGACCUCCUGUUUCCUUCGACAGAUGCUGGAAUAUUACCAACAUUACAAGAUUGCACUUCAUUUUCAGUGCUUACCGUUUUGGCUGAUGGUGCUAACUAAGGGACCUAAAGAAUUUUUUUUAGCCUCUGACCCUGCGGAUGUUGCUUUUGCAUCUGGGACCAAUUCAGCAGAAAAGGGCAAUAUUGGAACAAUUUUAUUUUUUAGCGAUGGUAUAUGCAGUGUGAUUCUGGACGUUUCAUUUAAAAGAAUGCUCAAGACACCUGGAACCAUAUUGCCAUGCUCGUUAGAGUUAUGGAGCGAUGAGCUUCAUGGAAAGAAUGGCUUCAUACAGUACCGCUCCAGACUGUUGGAUCUCAUAAAAUAUAUUGCUUAUCGAAGACCAAUCCUUGCCGCCAGCAGAGUUGCACAGAGAAUUAAUAGCGUCACUGGAGAUGCAAUCACUGUAUCAAACCCCCCCAAGGAUUUGGCUGCAUUUGAAAGUGCACAGCUAGUGCUUAACACGGUUGUCAAUGCUAUUUUUGAUGAUUCGGUUGAGAAUGGAGAGAUUAUUCUGGACACACAAUUUUCAUUGCACAGGAUACAUGACAUAUUUGGAGGUCUACUUACUCAGCUUCUGUCUUUGAAGUGGACGGAACCAAGACUGGCCGUUAUCCUUGGACACUACUUGAGUGCGUUUUGCCCUUACCUGAGGCGUCAUCCACCUGUAGUUCCCGCAGUUGUGAAUAAACUUUUUGAACUAUUGUCAUCAAUCACUGCCAGCUGUCAUGAUCUUUCAAUAGCCCAGAGUGCCCAAUCGCAAAUAUGCUCAUGUAUCAUUCACGUAUGCAAAGCUGUUAAUAGCACUGCUCUUCCUUCAGAUAUGAAGGAUUUCUUCUCUCCUUACAUCACGGAAGAAGAUGUACUAGCCUUUUAUUCCAUCAAACAGAACAAAGGGGGAGAUGGGAGUCAAGACAGACACACUACUGACCUCUCUGCAUCCUCCAAUACAAUGUCAUCUCGUCAAAUACAUGUUCAGACUGCAAGGCUGGGACCUUGGGCUCAGAAAGAUGAAAAUGCAGGCUUAUCAGUUGCUCUUCCCUAUCUAGAAUAUCCACUCAUUAUACCACCUUCUCCUGAUUCUUGUUUUAAACCUUCAUGUCUCAAAGCUGAUCCAUUCACUAGCUUAUCUGUGAAGCAAGUGGUAAAUGACACUGAUAAACCAGGAUUGGAGGCCCUGGCUGUUAACAAUUUUGAUGAUCAAGAGUAUGAUCCUGUUCAGGGUAAUGCUACUAGUGAUUUGGAAAGACCCACCGAGUCUUUUGGGUCAAAAUGUCUGGGUAAGUUUAAAGUAAUGCCAGGCUAUCAAGGAAAGGCCAAGCUACUUCUUUGGGAGCACAAUCUCCUGUCUGAAGCAUUCAUCAGUGUGAUGGCCUGCCCAGGGAUUGAAUGUAAGAAGCAGUUGCUUAUGUCUCUGUUGAACCCUUUGAACAAAAUUUGGACCCAGUCAGAGUGGGAUGAAGAAUACAUGAGUUACACAUAUCGUCUGUCUGGUCUUCUUUGCGAUGAUCAAUUUAUGAAGACAGUACAUUUGUUGGUAAAGUCAUUUGAGGAGAUCAAAGGAAGCAAAAUUGAACAUUCUACAGGAACACAGGAAAAAUGCUCUCCAACAUCAAUUGCUAAUUACCAGCACUCAUCUACCUUUCUACAGCUAAUGCUUACCCUGCUCUUACGGAUCCUUCAUUUCAUACACAUGGCUUGGACGGAUCAGUCUGCGUAUGAUCUGCCAGAAAUUAUUAGAAGAGCUAAACUCAUGAGUACCAUGGAGAUAUUCACUUUUCUACCAGAGACUAAUACUUUACCUGACAAUGAUGGAGUUGAUGCUAUUAGGGUGGAUGCUAUCGGAACACGCUUACGUGAAAUUCGAGAGACUGGGUACAAUGUCAUAGGCUUGUGCGCGAACGUUGGAAGAUCAUUUUUUGAAUUGGACAGCUCUCUUUUCAUCCAUGCUCUUGUGGCGGAUAUAAGCUUCAUGGAAUUUGAUCAUUUGGGGAAAUUCAUAGAGCUCACCUUCAUUCCAUUAGUCAGAUGUUGCCCUCGAGAAUGUUGGGACAAAUGGGUGCUGUUGUUGUUGGAAUCUUUAUUUUUCUACUGUGAGCGAAAUUUUCGUUAUGCGUGGCUCAGUUUUAUACACGAGGGCCGAGCUAAAGUACCAGAUUUCUUUGGCGAUCUAUACGGACCGGAAGACAAACUCAAGAAAUUAGAAGUGGAGCUGCUGCUUAAAUUCACUCGUUCUGUAUCUUUAUUGCUCAGGGUCUUAGCAUCAAAAGAACUUAAUAGCGGCCUUCCGGAUUUGAAUUGUCCAAAGUCUGACUUGAAAUCCAUAUCUUCCAGCUCUCUUAUGGGGUAUCUUUUACUUCACAAUUGCUUUGGGAGGUUUAGUAUGUACUUGUUUGGGUGUUUGGUGGAUCAUCAAGCAACUAUGGAAGCACUACCCUUUUUUCAUGCAUUGAUCCGCCUUGCUGUUGCUACUGAUGAUGAGAGACUGAAACAGUUUAUUCUUAAUGAAAUGCUUCCAACCAUUGUCCGUUUUAGUGAUAGGAGUCCUCAAAGUGGAAUCUCACGGUUAAGAUCGGAGUUAAGUUCAAGCAAUGAAGUGAGUUCUAUGGAUGAUGUUGUUUGCCUUGGUCAAGAAAUAUACAAAGUUUACUUACACAAUCAGGUUACUAUGACGAAUGGCGAAAGGGCAGACAGAAAAACCUGUGCGGAUGGAUUCAUCGAUUGGUUCAAUAAUGAAUUGAAGUAUCUUCAUUACUGUGCGUCUUUGUCUGCUCCAAAUAUUUUCCCAAAGCACUCUGUGUGGAAUUGGGAGUUCAAUGAAGAAUUUGACAGAUAUUUUCCUACUUAUAUGGAAAUGCUGCAUGAGGUGGAUACAAUGAACGACUGUCUGGAGCGUAAACUUUUAAACGGUAAUGCUCUUCUUGAGAGAUUAAAUCCAGAGUUUAAGGCAAAGUAUGCCAUUAACAGCUUGCAACAUCCUCAUUUGCGAAUCAUGUCCCGUAUGCUACGGAGAAAGGAGCGUGAUGUACGCUAUCGGCGACGUACUGAUGAGAUCGACAAGUGUUUGCUCCAACUUAUCAAUCUGAAACCUUACAUUAAGCAAACUGAUUGUCCGGAUGAUGUUAUGGAUCGUCUUGAGGAAAGCUGUCAUCCACAAUCUGACCUUUGGCAAGGUUAUGCACUAAGGGCAGUUGAUAUUUUCCUUGAUUCGUUGUUGAUUUUCUGGGAGCCUCAGUUUCAUCCCUUGAUACGCGAGCGCCACAAGAAGCUACUGCUAACAAGUGCCCAUGAGUUAGCUGAAGGGUGUGCAAUUAUUCAGCCAUUGGAACCUGACCCUGAUGAUUUCUUGGCGCAUUUGCGGCCAUAUGCAUCGGUAUACUUCGAGAGUAAGAAGGAACAGUCUGGGUAUUAUACAGCUAAAAAACAAGUACGUCUGCAUGAAGAGUUUGAUAAUUAUAUGGAUAAAUAUUUGGCGACAUGCACAUGGGAUGAUGCUAUUGACUUCUCUUCUUUCAUGGAAAGUGCUCGCAGAGAUGAUGAGAGUGGUCAGUUUGAAGAACUGGAUAACGAUCUUGCCAAAAUGUCCUUUGAGCGAAUGACCAAGAUUGCUAAGCGGGAACACGAAAUGAACGGUUACACUCAGAGCUUGAGAGAUCUUAAUGAUGAGGUGAAAGGUCAACUUGCAAGUUUGAUGGAUCUGCUGGAUGAAGAAGGCUUUUUCAGUAUUGAUGAUUCUUCUAUUGAUUGGGAAAAAGAAUUGUUUAAGAAAUUAUUGGAUACAUUUAAUGCUUUGACUGGGCAUUGCUUUGAUGGAUGUUAUGCAAUCCGAGCAAUAAUGGAUCUUCAAAAAUUCUUACCAAGAAAGGAUGAUGAUACAUCUCAUGACGCUGUUAAAAUGGUUGAUUAUGCAAACGAGGCGUGGAAGGGAAAUCUUGAGCAUUUUUGGAGGGACACAAGGCAUUAUGAACAUAAAUACUACGACAUGCUUAGACAACCUCUUGAGAAGGUGUUCAAAUCAAGUGAGUUUGUACCGAUGAGGCCUACGUAAUAGGAUCACAUAAAUUGCAGAUAUCUGAUUCUGGGGAAAUCAGAUCGAGCAACACAAGUUCAGGGCAGAAGAUGCUAGUAAUUUUCAUGGCACACCCUUUUUAGCUAUUUGUUCGUUUAGAGCAUCUUUUUCAUGGGGCAUUUAACAUGCUGCUCUGGGUAUGGAUUGAAUUCUGCGAAACGUUGUGUUGCUGGACGAUCACCUAAUAGCUCAGUGUUGUGUUCGCACGGCCUCUGGAUUAAUUUUCGGAGUUGUGCACUUGUGCUCACUGCCCAUUCAAAUAUGUGUAUAAACCAAGGAUUAGAUUAUAUGUGUAUGGAAUUUGCAUUAUUGCAACAAAAACAAUGUCAGCGCACGUA